GAAUAUGGAAUAUUUUCGACAUUUCCAUUUAGAUUUCUAUUAUAAAAACUUAGCUCGAUAUUUAUGUGAAGCAUGUGGCUCGCAAACUUGCCCCGCCUGGCGCUUCUCCUGUCGCUGUUCUUAAGCAUCGCAUUGGUUAAUGCCAGCGAGAAGGAAAUCGAACCCAUUGAGAAUGAGCGCAAUGCCAGCUAUUGGAUGGAGCAGGCGCAGCGGCAGCUGGCUGAGCGCCUGGAACGUAGCCGCGAGGCGGGUGGAGGCGAUACGCGUGUGGCCAAAAACGUAAUAAUGUUAUUGGGAGACGGGCUGUCCAUUACUACACUCACCGCGGCGCGCAUCCUAAAGGGCCAGCAUGCCGGUCGCAGCGGCGAGGAGUGCCAACUGGCCGUGGAACAAUUUCCCUAUUCUGGUCUGAGCAAAACCUACUGUACGGACAGCCAGACAGCGGAUUCGGCAUGCGCAGCGACCGCAUGCCUAACUGGGGUGAAGACCAACUAUGGCAGCAUUGGACAAAGUGCGCAGGGUGCCAAGGUGGAGUCCAUCGUACAUUGGGCUCAAGAAGCGGGCAAGGCCACAGGGAUUGUGACCACCACGCGGCUGACAGAUGCGAGUCCGGCAGCUGCGUAUGCGCAUGUGAAGAGACGUUCCCAGGAGUUGGACAUAGGACGCCAGCUGAUUGAGGAUGCACCGGGACGCUAUCUAGAUGUAAUACUGGGCGGCGGUCUGGGUAAAUUUGCCAGCGAGCGCACCGAUGGACGAGAUUUACUUAAACAAUGGCACGCUGCGAAUCCGGACGGCUGUUUUGCCCGCACGCUGGGUGGACUGCGCGACUGCGGCGCCACGAAUGGCAGCCUAUUGGGCGUGUUCAGUGACAGUCAUAUGGCCUACCAUUUGGCGGCGUCCAAGGAUCAGCCGCGUCUCUGUGAUAUGACAGAAGCGGCCAUUAAACGGCUAGAGCAGCAGACGAACGGCUACUUUGUGUUUAUCGAGGGAGGACGAAUCGAUCAUGGACAUCAUGAAACGCGGGCAGGCUAUGCGCUGGACGAGAUGCUUGAGCUAGAUGCGGCCAUUGAGACGGCUGUGCGUCUGACCAAUGCACGCGAUACGCUCAUUGUCGUCACGGCGGAUCACUCGCAUACGCUGAGCAUGGCGGGUUACGCCAAUCGCGGCACAGCAAUACUGGGCUUGGAUCCAAGCCAACGCGACUUGGAUGGCAUACCCUAUAGUACGCUUAACUAUGCCAUUGGCAAGUGGCAGAGCCUCAACAAGGCCGGCAAACGCGAGAAUCCCGCACCGCAUCUAAGCAGAACUUCCUUUACGCCCAGUUAUAUACACGCCAAGGGGGUGCAUUCGGGCGAAGAUGUGGCCGUCUUUGCCCUUGGUCCACAGGCUCAUCUCUUUAGCGGCGUCAUGGAGCAGAAUCUGUUGCCACAUCUGAUGGCCUAUGCAGCCUGUCUGGGCCAGGGCACCACUGUCUGCCAACAAAACUCCUAGGAGUACGCGCGCGCGCACACACACUCACACACACACACACAAGCAUGUUAGUUUAACUUUUACAAUGUAAAAUUUUUGUUUCGUGUUAA